AUGUCUUGCAACCUUUUGUUUUACUUAUCUAUCUAUCUAUCUAUCUAUCUAUGUAUCUAUUAUAUAACUAGUAAUACUCGGAUCUAUCUAUCUAUCUAUCUAUCUAUCUAUCUAUCUAUCUAUCUAUCUAUCUAUCCUAUAUUUUGGUUAGAGCGUGAAGACGAGGACUUUCCUGGCACUCCCCACGCAAGUUUCUAUCUAUCUAUCUAUCUGGAUGUUUUCAUUUGCGCCUGUCAGACAUUUCUUUCUUUCUUUCUUUCUUUCUUUCUUUUUUCUUUAUUUUCUUUCUUUCUUUCUUUAUUUUCUUUCUUUCUUUCUUUCUUUCUUUCACUAGAAUGUGAUAAAAUAGGGAUUAUCUAUCUAUCUAUCUAUCUAUCUAUCUAUCUAUCUAUCUAUCUUGAGAGAGAGAGAGAGAGAGAGAGAGAGAGAGAGAGAGAGAGAGAGAUUAAUACUUCUCCUUAG